UGAUUUUGUUUAGACCAACAAGUAACUUGUGAAGUGAAAGCUCUUGAAACUAUCACACUUUUGGAAUUUUAUGCUCUCUUUCUUUAGCAACACAAGUGUUUUUCCUGAUAUAGGGGUUCUGUUUAAGAUGGGAAGAAGAGGAGGAGUGUGCAAAACAUGGGAGGAAGACAUUUACUGGACACGCUUUCAAUUCAUCCGUUUCACACAAUUUCUCCGUUCUGAUUUUGAUCAACAACUUGCACUUCCCAAAACAUUUUGUGACAAUAUAAAGAAGGCCUUGCCAGAAAGUGUUACCCUAAAAGAUCCGGGUGGAGUGCUGUGGAAUAUAGAGGUGACAAGUAGAGACGAUACCUUGUACUUGACGCACGGUUGGCAACAAUUCGUGAAAGAACACUCUUUGAAAGAAAAUGAUUUCCUUGUCUUUAAGUACAACGGUGAAUCGUUGUUUGAGGUUUUAAUCUUUGAUGAGAGUUUAUGUGAGAAGGCAGCUUGUUAUUUUGUUCGAAAAUGUCAGCAUGCAGUCAAUACUGAACAAGGGGGAGGAUGUGGUAGCCCGAAAAAGGACUCAGAUAAUUCUGUUGAAGAAGUUAAGACUCCUUCUAAUGCUGUUGAUGAAGGUGUUUCACCCGAAAAAUCUUUGCAUCUUAACAGUAUCCGAGUGCCACUUGAUAUACCUAUUGAAACUAACAAUGGCAAGACUACUAAUGUUGGUGUUGAAUCCGCUUCCGCUGAGCAAUUCUUGUCUGAUGCAAUCACUGAUACUGAGCCAAAAACUACUCCGUCCAAAACAACUACUAAACGAACGAGGAGGCCUGUUUAUGCCGAUACAUCUGUCCAGAGUAAGAAAAGAGGAAGACCACCAAAAACUGAUAAGUCUGUUGAAGAAGUUAAGACUCCUUCUAAUGGUGUUGAUGAAGGUGUUUCACCAGAGAAAUCUUUGCAUCUUAACAGUAUCCGAGUGCCACUUGAUGUACCUAUUGAAACUACCAAUGGCAAGACUUCUAAUGUUGGUAUUGAAUCAGCUUCGGCCGAGCAAUUCUUGUCUGAUGCAAUCACUGAUACUGAGCCAAAAACUACUCCGUCCAAAACAACUGGUAAACGAAUGAGGAGGCCUGUUUAUGCCGAUACAUCUGUCCCAGGUAAGAAGAGAGGAAGACCACCAAAAACCGAUAAUUCUGUUGAAGUUAACACUCCUAAUGGUGUUGAUGAAGGUGUUUCACCGGAGAAAUCUUUGCAUCUUAACAGUAUCCAAGUACCACUCGCUGUACCUAUCGAAACUACUAAUGGCAAGACUUCUAAUGCUGGUGUUGGAUCAGCUUCCGACGAGCUAUUCAUGUCUGAUGCAGUCACUGAUACUGAACCAAAAACUGUUCCCUCCCAAACAACUGGUAAACGAACGAGGAGGCCUGUUUAUGCUAAUACAUCUGUCCCGAGUAAGAAGAGAGGAAGACCACGAAAAACCGAUAAUUCUGUUGAGGAAGUUAACACUCCUAAUGGUGUUGAUGAAGGUGUUUCACCGGAGAAAUCUUUGCAUCUUAACAGUAUCCAAGUACCACUCACUGUACCUAUUGAAACAACUAAUGGCAAGACUUCUGUUGAAGAAGUUAAGACUCCUUCUAAUGGUGUUGAUGAAGGUGUUUCACCUGAGAAAUCUUUGCAUCCUAACAGUAUCCAAGUGCCACUUGAUGUACCUAUUGAAACUACCAAUGGCAAGACUUCUAAUGAUGGUGUUGAAUCAGCUUCCGACGAGCUAUUCAUGUCUGAUGCAGUCACUGAUACUGAACCAAAAACUGUUCCCUCCCAAACAACUGGUAAACGGACGAGGAGGCCACCAAAAACUGUAUAUGCCGAUACGUCUGUCCCUAGUAAGAUGAGAGGAAGACCACCAAAAACUGUUUAUGCCGAUACGUCUGUCCCUAGUAAGAAGAGAGGAAGACCACCAAAAACCACUAAAUCUCACGAGAGAGCUCUUAAUUCCGUGUCUGGUCCUGAACUUUCUCCCAAGGUUUCUCCAAAGGCCUCUCCAAAGGUUGGAUCUGGGAGCAAGCAAUUAUAUACUUCAAAUAGAAGGUCUGUCACUAAAAAUGAGAUUGAAAAUACUCUUCAGUUGGCCCAGGCAACAUGUGCCGAAGACACCUUGCUUGUAACUAUGCGACCUACGCACGUAUACAAGAGAUUCUUUGUGUCAUUCCCUAAUAAAUGGAGAAUAAACCAUCUUUCUUCGUCGUCUCAAGAUGUGAUAUUACGCAUGGGUAAGAGGGAAUGGCUUGGGAAAUACCUCUAUCAUAAUAUUCGUAGCAAUGGAGGAAUUACCGGUGGGUGGAAACAUUUUGCUCUCGAAAAUAACCUUGAAGAGUUCGAUGUGUGUUUGUUUAAGCCCGCUGGUCAUAUGGGCAAAACGUUGAUCUUAGAAAUGACCAUUUUUAGAGUUGUAGAGGACAUUACUCCUCUUACUGCGGUGAACUCUCCGGGAAAGAAGAAGUCUAUUAAGAAAACACCAACCGGGGUGAAUUCUCCAAGAAAAAAGAAGUCAGUUAAGAAAACACGAACUGAGAUGAAUUCUCCGGGAAAGAAGAGGUCAGUUAAGAAAACACCAGCAGGUGCUGUCCAAACAGAACUCGAGUCCUUUGAACCACUAGAAAAGAAGAGGGAAGUUAACAUAACACCGACUAGUGCAGUCCAAACAGAACUUUACUCCAUUGAAGGUGCGUAGUUGUAUUAUCGGAAGAAAGUUUCUUCGUUAGACUUAUGCAAUAGUAUAUGUUGACAGUUGUGUAGUUGUAUUAUCGGAAGUUUCUUCGUUAGACUUAUGCAAUAGUAUAUGUUGAUGACAGUUGUGUUAGGGCGUGUAAUAUGAAAUGUGUUUGUAUUUUGGAUGUUAUGCUGGAUUGUUUAACUUGUUCAAUCUUCUGCUUCUAUCUAGACUUUUUAAGGCUCAUGUUUGAAUUGAUCUAUCUGUCUUCAUGGAUUGAUCUAUUGUUCAAGGUAUUGAUAGUGUAUUAUUGUCUUUUACA